AUGGCAGUAUCCAACGAAACCGACUUCAAGAUCUCAUCUGAUGUCGAAGACACCGAACUCAUCAAGCCUAUCGAGUUCAAAGACCCCAACGUGGUCGAUUGGGAUGGCCCCGAUGACCCUGCUAACCCGCUCAACUGGCCCGCGUCUCGCAAGAACCUUCAUGUGGCUAUUGUCAGCAUUUUCACCCUGACAGCAAACCUCGCCGCGACAAUGUUUGCGCCCGGGGCAUCGGAACUGGCAGACGAAUUUGGCAUCACCGACAGCACCCUCGAAACCAUGACCGUGAGUCUCUACAUACUUGGCUUCGCUAUUGGCCCUCUCAUUUUUGCCCCUCUGUCCGAGCUCUACGGCCGCCUGGUCAUCUACAACGUUUGCAACGUCGUCUACCUCGCCUUUACCUUUGGAUGCGCCUUUAGCACCGACACGGCAAUGUUUCUCGUUUUUCGAUUCAUCGCUGGCAGCGCCGCCUCUGGCCCGAUGAGUAUUGGUGGCGGCACCGUUGCCGACGUUACUGUGCAGGAGAAGCGAGGCAGGGCCAUGGCUCUUUUCACCAUGGGUCCUAUCCUCGGACCAAUCCUCGGUCCCCUUAUUGGGGGCUUCGUGUCUCAGUACCUCGGCUGGCGCUGGACGUUUAGAAUUAUUCUCAUCUUGUCUGGUAUAAUUACUGCUGCCACAUUUGCUCUGAUGCACGAGACAAAUGCUACGGUCCUUUUGAGCAGAAAGGUGGAACGGCUGCGAAAGGAAACAGGCAACCUAGAUCUUGUGGCCGCCCGCGUUUCCAACCUCACUCCCAAGCAGCUGCUGCUGCGCGCCAUCGUUCGCCCCCUCAAGCUGCUCAUCUUUUCGCCCAUUGUUCUGCUCAUCUCCUUCUACACAGGUCUUAUGUUUGGUAUCAUCUUCCUCCUCUUUACCACGUUCCCUUCCGUCUUCCACGGCGUCUACGGCUUUGACGAAGGCAUGUCCGGUCUCGCAUACCUUGGUCUGGGCAUUGGCAUGUUUAGCGGACUCAUUCUUUUCUCCGUGCUUAGCGACAAGCUCCUUGGCCAGAAGCAGGGUGGUGCCGUUGGGGCACCUGAACAGCGUCUCAUUCUCAUGAAGUGGUUUGGGCCCAUCACCCCGUUGGGCUGCUUCAUGUACGGUUGGAGCGCCUACUACCACACACACUGGAUUGUGCCCAUUAUUGGAACAACCAUUAUUGGUAUUGGCUGCCUCUUUGUCGUCAUCCCUGGCCAGAUUUACCUUGUUGAUUCGUUCGGGGCUGCAGCUGCAGCGUCGGCAAUCGCAGCCAACUUGCUCGUUCGUUCGCCUUUUGGCGCCUUUCUCGACCUGGCUGCCGCGCCCCUAUACAACAAGCUCGGUUUGGGAUGGGGAAACAGCGUGCUUGGCUUCAUCACUCUGGCCUUUACACCUGUCCCGUGGCUUUUCUACCAGUACGGAGGAUAUCUCCGAACCAGGUUUUCUGUUGAUCUUUAG